AUUAAAAUGGCUCUCGUCUGGUUAUUGAGUCUCGCUCUCGUGGGUGCAUCAUCGGCGUUUUUGCAAGCGUACCCUUCCAUCGUGCAAGUGGAGACUCUCCAGCCGUGGGGCUAUUUUGAGCAGAGUUGUGCCGCGAGUAUCCUCAACACCAGAAAUGUGCUCUCUGCUGCUUCCUGCUUCACUGCAUCACCAUCUUUAUAUCGUAUUCGCGCCGGCGCUGAAUUGCGCCACACCGGUGGUAUCAUCAACUACGUCGAGAGAGUAAAUAACUACCCGAGAGGAAACUCUACCGACCUGCAGGCUGGCGACAUCUCAGUCGUGAGACUAGCGUCCCCUCUCUCAUACAGCCCUCUUAUACAGAGGACUCCAAUUCCGACGCCGCAAACAUACAUCCCUAAUGGCCUAACCCUGGCGCAAGGCGGUUGGGGUCGUGGCAAUUUCUCAAGCUCUCUCAGCGUUUCUCUAGUGAGAACGGUCAGUGGCAAUCAUUGCGGCAUCAACCUACCGACCAACCAGACGACUUUCAACUCCACUGUUAACCUCCUCUGCGGAACUCUUAUUAGCGGUUUGAACUCGACCAACACUGACGGCGGCAGUCCUUGGUUCUUCGGCAACAUCACAGUGGGCGUCGUUUCCGGACUCGACUACGGAAACACCUCCUGGUCUCACAUCGUCGCCACCCCCGUCGCUUCUUUCACCAACUGGAUCAUCAGAACCGCUGUGUAA